GCCUUAAAAGAAAAAAGGAAAAAAAAAACGAGACAGAUAAGAACUCCCGAGGGUUCUGAGAUUUUUUUUUUCUUCAGUUUCGUCACUAAAUAAAACCCAAAGAGAAACUCGGGAAUUCGACCUCUCGAUCCGAUCCGAUCCGAUUCGAAAUUCUAGCUUUGAUCAUCGGCAACAAUGGCGGAGAUGGCGAAUCCAGAUCUGGACGGGAUCGACGGAGUUCGUAUGACGUGGAACGUUUGGCCUCGGACAAAGGUCGAAGCCAGCAAGUGCGUGAUCCCACUCGCCGCCUGCAUCUCCCCGAUCCGGCGACACCCCGACAUACCUUCGCUUCCGUACGCUCCGCUCCGUUGCCGUACUUGCUCCGCCGCGCUCAACGCCUUCGCGCGCGUUGAUUUCACCGCCAAGAUCUGGAUCUGUCCCUUCUGCUAUCAGCGAAACCAUUUCCCUCCUCACUACCACAUGAUCUCCGAGACCAACCUUCCCGGCGAGCUUUAUCCUCAGUACACCACCGUUGAGUACACGCUCCCUUCGCCGGCGUCGGCGGCCGGACAAUUCGAUCCGAAGACCGGAGCUCCGACACAGGUGGCUUCGUCGGUGUUCGUGUUCGUUCUCGAUACUUGUAUGAUCGAGGAGGAAUUGGGUUUCGCCAAAUCGGCGCUCAAGCAGGCGAUCGGGUUGCUCCCGGAGAAUGCAUUGGUGGGAUUUGUGUCGUUUGGUACUCAAGCUCAUGUGCAUGAGCUGGGAUUCUCCGAGAUGUCUAAGGUUUAUGUCUUCAGGGGAAACAAGGAAGUCACCAAGGAUCAGAUUUUGGAUCAGUUAGGGCUUGGAGCUUCUUCGAGGAGAGCUCCUUCUUCUGGGUAUCCCAAAGGAAUGCAAAACGGAUUCCAGAGCUCUGGCGUUAACAGAUUCUUGCUCCCUGCCUCUGACUGCGAAUUCGCGCUCAAUCUGCUUUUGGACGAGCUCCAAUCUGACCAGUGGCCUGUUCAGCCUGGUCAUCGUCCUCAGAGAUGCACAGGCAUAGCAUUGAGUGUGGCUGCUGGAUUGCUUGGAGCUUGCUUGCCUGGAACUGGUGCGAGAAUCGUAGCUUUGGUCGGAGGUCCAUGUACAGAAGGCCCUGGAACGAUUGUCUCAAAGGAUUUAUCAGAUCCUGUCCGUUCUCACAAAGAUCUAGAUAAAGAUGCUGCUCCGUAUUAUAAAAAGGCUGUGAAGUUCUAUGAUAGUGUUGCGAAGCAGCUGGUGGACCAGGGUCACGUGUUAGACCUUUUUGCUUCUGCACUUGACCAGGUUGGGGUUGCUGAAAUGAAAGUUGCAGUUGAACGAACCGGUGGCCUUGUUGUUCUCUCUGAAAGUUUUGGCCAUUCUGUAUUUAAAGAUUCCUUCAAGCGGGUAUUUGAAGAUGGCGAGCAGUCUCUCGGCCUCUGCUUUAAUGGCACCCUUGAGGUCAAUUGUUCAAAGGACAUCAAAAUUCAAGGGGCUAUUGGGCCAUGCUCAUCAUUGGAAAAGAAAGGUCCUAGUGUUGCGGAUACAGUCAUCGGAGAGGGGAAUACUACUGCCUGGAAGUUGUGUGGCCUUGAUAAGAGCACUUGCUUAACAAUCUUUUUUGAUCUGUCUUCAAGUGGGUCAAAUGCUCCUGGAGCUGCGAAUCCUCAGUUGUAUUUGCAGUUCCUCACAAGUUACCAAAACCCUGAAGGCCAAACACUGCUUCGGGUUACAACUGUGACCCGACAGUGGGUAGACACUGCUCUGAGCUCAGAGGAGCUUGUACAAGGCUUUGAUCAAGAAACCGCUGCUGUCGUAAUGGCAAGAUUAGCUUCCUUGAAAAUGGAGACAGAGGAGGGAUUUGAUGCUACACGAUGGCUAGAUCGGAAUCUGAUUCGUGUUUGCUCUAAGUUUGGUGACUAUAGAAAGGAUGAUCCGACGUCAUUCACGCUAAAUCCGUACUUUUCCUUGUUCCCUCAGUUCAUGUUUAAUUUGCGGAGAUCACAAUUUGUUCAGGUCUUUAACAAUAGUCCAGAUGAAACUGCCUACUUCUGCAUGUUGUUAAAUCGGGAAAAUAUUCCAAAUGCAGCUGUCAUGAUUCAACCAUCAUUGUCAUCAUAUUCUUUCAAUUCCCCACCUCAACCGGCUUUGCUGGAUGUGGCUUCCAUUGCUGCUGAUCGUAUUCUUUUAUUAGAUUCUUAUUUUAGUGUUGUUGUCUUCCAUGGAAUGACUAUAGCUCAGUGGCGAAACAUGGGCUACCAGCUUCAGCCUGAACACGCGGCCUUUGCUCAACUAUUGCAAGCUCCUCAAGAGGAUGCCCAGAUGGUAGUCCGGGACCGCUUCCCAGUCCCGAGAUUAGUAGUCUGUGAUCAGCAUGGGUCUCAGGCGAGGUUUUUAUUGGCGAAGCUGAACCCAUCAGCAACGUACAAUAACGCGAACGAGAUGGCAGCCGGGUCAGACAUAAUCUUCACGGACGAUGUGAGCCUGCAAGUGUUCUUCGAGCACCUUCAGAAGCUGGCCGUGCAAUCUUGAGAAACCGAAGCAGAAACCCGAGAAAGUAGUUCCAGGUGCUUUACACAUGGGGAAAAGCCCCUCCAUAUCAUAAAUUAUCGUGUACCAUUUCGGGUUUUUCUUUGUCUUCUUAUGUUCUUCCAUCUCCAUCCAUGCGGAAGAGGGCAGUACCUUUUCUUGAAUCUUCCCGUUGUUUCUUUCUUUUGAUGGUCAUAUAGGCCAUCUUCAGACAGUAAUCAUAUGAUGUUUCAGACCAUAGGAGAUGAGGAUGAGUGACUUUUUUGGGGAUUUUUUUUUUUUUUUUUUUUGUAUCUGCAUAGUUGAAUUGGAGCUAUUUGCAAUUUUGUACGAUCAUUUAUUGGCUUAUUU